AUGCGCACAACCUGCAACGCCUGUCAGCAAGCGAAGAUACGAUGCAGCCACACAUACCCGUGCGAACGUUGCGAGAGUCACGGGUAUGAAUGCGUCUAUUCGAUCUCGCAGCCGUUGGGUCGGCCUGCCAAGAAGAAGAUGACUCGGCCGGCGACGGUGGCAGCAGGUGUAAAGACGCGCAGAGGGGAGGCGGAGGUAGGUGACCGUCCGACUCGGCGAAGUGCGGGGAGGGCACCGAGGCCAACCCCAGGAGGGAGGACGCUGAGGGCGCGCAGGGUCCCGACUCGGAUCCCGAAUUCAAGUAUAGCAACCGGCUCGGGUCCUAGGUCAGGGGAAGAGUCGCACAAAAGCGACUCCAGUGCCGGCACUGAAGUCACACCACCAGAGGAAGACUUUCAGUGGCCGAGUUUCACAGAGUUGUUCUCGGACGUUCCAGAAAACGGCACGAAUGGAGACCGGAUUCAGGGCCAGGUUUUCGUCAGCACAAACGAGGCCAAUAGCCAUGUCGAUCCAGGAUUCGCCAAUACAUGCCUGGACAGCUCGUUUGAACGAGCUGACGGAUUCGAGAGUUUUGGGGGUCCCCGUUUUCCUGAGCCGCGCGUUGACUAUUCCACACAGUGUUGUUCUCCCCAAAUCGGUUUGAUGGUCGACGAGCCACCCAUUGGAGCUGCGCCGGGCACCCAGUCUGCGUCACUCCUUCAGGGUGGUGCAAUCUACCCCUUUAGCCUCGCACCAAACGCAAUUCAGGUCUCAGGAACAGUGCAGGAUCCGGCUAGAAUCAUGGAAUUGCCCUCCAAUGAAAUCUGGCUGGAACCAUUCGACACUGAGUCCAGCCAAUCUCUUCCAGGAGAGAUUGACCUCGAGGCACUGCCGGAAGAUGCGUCUUCCCUUCACUGCAAUUGCUAUGCCCAGGCAUUCAGUGAAGUCGUUCGGUCGGAGGAGGUAAAGGGGGGAAACCAGAUAUUGCUCCACCUUGAAAGGGUGCAGCAACAGGGAGUGGUCAUCCUUCAAUGUCAAGCGUGCUUUGCUUCAACCGCCAGGGCUAACAUUCUCGGUUUAUUAGUCAUGGCGAUUGAGAAAGCGGCACGGGCGUUGAAGGUGAGGGUCAAAUUGGCCACUACCUCGGUGCAGGGGGGGCUUUAUUCCGUCUGGGGGGAGGAGGACAUCAGCCAGAUGCGCCGGUGCCUGUCUCAUCUGUCAAUUAUCGUCCGUUUUAUCCACCAAGAUCUCGAGUGCUCCUCGUCUUCGAGGUGGCAUCUGGUAAUAGCCGACGAGACAGAUCGACGGCUGCAGUCGGUUACUCGAAUCUUCGAGUGA